AAAGGUGCCCUAAUUUCGUCGAGGCAAAAUUCGGCAGCUUGUUUACUCUGGUUAGGCUAGGUUAAGCUAUGGAGGAAGAAGCACUCAUCGCACAGCUUCCUAAGGGACGAAAUCUACACAUUAAGAAGAGAGCUUUAAAGAACAAAGCUCUCGCUGUAUCUUUCGAUGAGAAAGAUCUCAAGGACUAUGUGACUGGUUUUCACAAGAGAAAGAAGAAAAGAAGAAAGGAAGCUAAUCAACAAAUAGAGGAAGCCCAGCGUCGGAAGCGUAUUGAGAAUCGAAAGAAGAGAAAGUUGGACAGAGAGUUUGUUUACAGUGGCGGGCUUGCACCUUCAGAUGCAAAUCCAGGACCCGUAGAAGAUGGUGAUGAAUCCGAGCAAGAAGAUCACAAGCCUUCUGUAUUCGAGACAACAACUUAUGACAAUGAUGAAGUGAAAGUAAUUGUUACGACCAGUGAGAUAUCACGAGAAGAGAAACCAUCUUCGGAGAGACCUCGUGCAGUGAUUUCAACAGAUGGACGCGUUAAUGGAGAUGUGAAGAAGCAACAGAUUUUACCUGUAAAAAAGAAGCCAGCGGCGAAAACUGGGAAAAAGAGUUCUAGAAAGAAAUUGCUCAAAAAGAGAGAUAAAAGAAAGGGUAUGAAAAAAGAAAAGCGUUAAGCAUAUUUUCAUUUUUUUCUUUUCUUGGAAAGUAAAAGCUUGGAAGAACAUGUUCACUUUAUUUUGUGUGGAAUAUUGAUAAAUAGCAUCUUCUAUCUUUAAAUUUUAUUUAAAAGUUUGUCAUUUUUUGACUUUAA